UUUCCGAAAGUUUGGAUUUUUAUUUUUUGACUUCGCUUUGGAAUUUGAAGGAUAGUUUUUUGGAUCAGUGGUCGAGGUUGACGUUAACACUUAAUAGUAUUGAUUAAGAAUUUAAAGGAAGUCAACCUAGGCAAAUAGCCAUCGUUAACCGGGAACCAUGGAAGAGCUGCAGAACAUUGCUUCCCCCGAAGAACCAUUUAUGAAGGCUGAUGAACAGUUCGACAUGUAUGCGCAGAACCAGUUUCCCGAUAUCGGGGACCUCACUAAACUGGAUACGGAAGAUCUCUACGUUCGCUACAAGAAGCUGGAGCAGCAGCUGGACUUUCUCAAUGUCCAGGAGGAUUACAUUAAGGAUGAGCAGCGCAAUCUGAAGAACGAGUACAGACACGCGCAGGAGGAAGUGAAGCGUAUUCAGAGCGUCCCGCUGGUCAUCGGCCAGUUCCUGGAAGCGAUUGAUCAGAAUACGGGAAUCGUUGGCUCGACAACAGGUUCGAAUUAUUAUGUGCGCAUCCUUUCGACGUUGGAUCGUGAGCAGCUGAAGCCGAGCUCAUCGGUGGCAUUGCAUAAGCACAGUAAUGCUCUGGUGGAUAUUCUGCCGCCGGAAGCUGACAGCAGCAUCAACAUGCUGCGUCCCGAUGAGAAACCGGAUGUGGGAUAUGGUGACAUUGGUGGUUUGGAUCAGCAGAAGCAGGAAGUACGAGAAGCCGUGGAAUUGCCGUUGACGCAUUUCGAAUUGUACCAGCAGAUCGGUAUUGAUCCGCCCCGCGGAGUUCUCCUCUACGGGCCACCCGGAUGCGGCAAGACCAUGUUGGCCAAAGCUGUUGCCCAUCACACCACCGCGUCGUUUAUCCGUGUGGUGGGAUCGGAGUUCGUCCAGAAAUAUCUCGGUGAGGGUCCGCGUAUGGUGCGCGAUGUCUUCCGUCUGGCUAAAGAAAAUUCUCCGGCUAUUAUUUUUAUUGAUGAAAUUGACGCCAUUGCCACGAAGCGUUUUGAUGCACAAACCGGAGCCGAUCGCGAAGUGCAGCGUAUAUUACUUGAGCUGCUAAAUCAAAUGGACGGAUUCGACCAGACAACCAACGUUAAGGUAAUAAUGGCGACCAAUCGUGCGGACACUUUGGAUCCGGCACUCCUGCGUCCUGGUCGUCUGGAUCGGAAGAUCGAAUUCCCUCUGCCGGAUCGACGGCAAAAGCGUCUAAUUUUCGCCACGAUUACCAAUGGAAUGAAUUUGGCUGAUGAAGUGGAUUUGGAGGAUUAUGUAUCACGGCCAGAUAAGAUAUCCGGAGCGGAUAUUAACGCCAUUUGUCAAGAUGCGGGCAUGAAUGCUUUGCGUGAGAACCGGUAUAUUGUGCUGGCCAAGGAUUUCGAAAAGGCUUAUAAGAACGCCAUUAAGAAGGACGAAUCUGAAAUGGAAUUCUACAAGUGAUGUUGCUACUCGUUUUUUUCUCGGUUUUUUUACCUUUGUGUAACUUAUCGCAUAGCUCUGUUUGUGUCUUGGUAAAGUCAUGUUGUGA